AUGGCCACUACACAACUUACUCCUCCAGACGCUACACAGCUUCUCGCGCCGUUUCUUCCUGCUCUCCCACCGGCUGCGAUCUCUACCGAGCCCGCCAUUGGCAUUCUACCACUACUAUCCCCCAUACUGCGCCAGCGAGUCAAGCUUUUGUCUCCCACGAGUACUGAGCCAUGGAUUCGACUUCUAUGCUACGACAAGGCCAAGACACCCGAGCUGGUCCAGAUUGCCCAAGGUGGAAGCCUUGAGCCACAUCCAGUGUCCGGCGAAGUCGAGGUAGACUGGGACUACGAUGCCGAGACAAGAUUUCGACGAGUUGAUGAGGAAACUCUACAGGCCCUUGUUGCGCUCUCUACCCUUGGUUUGGCGUUUCAGCUGAUCUACUGCGUCGGGGACAUCGAAGGUGGUGGGGAUGGCUGGAAGGUGGGCGAGGUUACUGUCGCAGACAAACCUUCACCAUUUUCGCUUUUCGGAGGAUCUUCCAGCAUUGAGGAAGCGGAGCGGCAGUUUCGAGAGACCCAGGCUAAGAAGGUGACGGACCAACUCAAGGACACCAGUAGCCAUGGAAAUAGUUUACAUGUCCCGGAUGCGGGCCACGACGAUGAGGAAGAUGACGACGAUUACUGGGCACGGUAUGAUGCGACACCCGCCCGAACACCCGCCCAGAAGCCUUCACCUGCUCCUCACUCUAAAGCUACCUCACAAGCCGGAGGCGUACGGGCAUCUUCAGCUGAGGACGCUUACUUUGCUCAAUACGAUAGUGUCCAGCCUGCCAUGGACAACCAUGACCCGGAUGAGGAGGAGAUGGCUGCCCAGAUUGCUCCACCACUUGGGCUCGGCCGUUCACAAGAAUCUGCCGAAGCCACAGAACUCAAUGAGACACAAGGCGCGUGGACGUUAGCCGAGCUCGACAAGAGUGAUUUGAGCCCGGCGCAUAAUGGAGACGAUGCCAAGCAUAACUCUGAUUUACUUCAUCCACGCCCAGCCUCGAGCGCCAGUUCCAACGGCUCAGGCACGGUUGCUAAGCUUGAGGCUUCUGCCGGCAAGCAGACCCAAAACGAGUUUGGGGUCAAACAGCAUGUAUCACGUAGCAUUCGAAGUCUCUUUAUGCUUUCACGUGCUUCGGGCAUUGAUCGCCAUGAAUUUGAGAGCCUUGUCCGUGCCGAGCUUGAUAUUUUGGGCAUGAUUGAGGAUCAGGAACAAUGA